AUGGUGCUUGCUACAGUGUCGACACUUCCACCAGCCAGUGCGGGUUUAGAUCCUUCUGAGACGGACCCCGACAAAAUUGAAUCAUUUGAAGGUAUAGUGAAUGGAACGGAGAGGACUGUGUCAUUCUUUCAAAGUGGUCCAGAUUCACCGACGGACAAUUCUACGUCAGAUCUGCCGACUGCGAUCAGCCAUUCGAAAGUUGCAAACCCCAGGGAACACAUCAUUUUGGAAGGUCAGUCCACACAGCCCGAUGGAAAGCUUCAGCGAUGCUCGCCCUUGUUCACCAUGGAGCGCAGCGAAAUAGGCAUCGGAAUGGAUUUGAAUGCCGCAAACACCGGUGACGGCCCUAGUCGGAUCAGACAGGAUCUUCAACAGGGUCGAUUUGAAAUACCUCCUCUCAAGAAUCAGAACUUUGAUUUUAAUGCACCACCUACAGGAACCCACCAAUCCCCUUCCACUCCGCGACAGCUUUAUCUGUCACCGCUCCGCCGCCGCUUUGAUAUGUCACAUCUGCUACCUGACAGAAAUCUACCUUUCAACCUGCAGAUUAUGGAGCAUGUGAAGUCGUGGGCAGAGCUAGGGACCCGAAUUGAAGAUGACACAAGACGGAAAGAAGUUCUUGACCAUGUCUUUGAGGUUCUGCAAAAGGCAUGGUUUGAAGCACUUCGUCUUGGCUAUGACCCUGGAACACCAAUUCCAGAGAGUGGGAAGCGACGUCAACGUAUGUCUGUGGCUCCCACCCUUGUCAAAAGCCAGCAUAAUCUUCAUCUCCCUCCGCCCAUAGCCAGGCCUCGCCAGAGGAAAGAUGUUGAGCCUUCGAAACUACCGAUCUUCGUGUCGGGAAGCUACAAGAACUCCCAGCUUUGGGGAGUGACUGCAGGUGAGCUGGAGCAAGCCGGCGUCUCCGAGAAUCGUGUCCGUGAGAGAGCUAUAGCCGACUUGAGUUCUGGUGACGAAUUGCUGCAAGAAGUCCUCGAGGAUUUGGACACAGAAGAGAUUUCCAAGACCGACUGGCUACGCACAGAGGAAGUCACACCCUUGAACCCUCUGGGCAGAAACAUUCUUCUCUAUACACUGUUUGAAGUGCAGAUGUCCCGACGAAGCCUUGAUCAUCUCCAAAGCCUCUACGCUCAAUUCACAACUAAACAACAAAAGGCGAAUACUCAGAAACGCAUUGAUGAAGAAAUGAAACGUCACAACCUGUUUCUUGCACUUGCUCUUGAGGUGACUGAUCAUCCGGGGACGUCAUCCUCCGGGUCACCAGAAAGCGAGCAUGAAGGGGAGUCGCAUCUCGACAAGCAGUUCCCAGACUCUGGCGUCGGAUAUUCUGCUGCUGGAGAUCCCUUGAUUGAAGCCGUGGAGAAGGUUGUCGCCCUGGCCAGCACGCCAGAGCUUGGCCAGCUAGUCUGCUCAAUGUCGGUUGUCCUCCCUGAACAUGUCUUGGACACAGCGAACACAGCGAACACAGACACCCUAAGUGACAAGGAGAGAGCCAGGUGUGCUCUAAGGGAGAUUCUACAGGAUAUCCAAUCGAUACAGGCUUUGUCCAGCGAUGCCGAAGACACGGCUGCCAACUCUAAGAGACACUUAUACCUACAGACCGAGAUUGCAGAGUUGGAGAAGAACGUCAGCAACAACAAGAAGCUCUUAGCAGACUUAUUGCCUGGACUGAAGGAUUCGCUUCCGAGAGUGGACGAAGAGAGCCAUGUGCCUGUAGAUAUCGAAAUGGGAGGGUUACAAGACAACGCUGAGCAUUCUCUUUCGGGCGAAGCGGCUACUAGGAGCGAGCCUAAUUCGGGAACUUCACUGGAGACGACGUCUUCAGCCGGCGCUCCCACAAGCGUCCAGGACCUCGAAGAUGUCGAUGCUGACCUGAUGGAACACCCUCAGUUAGGCCAGGCCAAACAUGAUCAUGCAACCAUAGUGGAGCCUUGUCCCUCCGCUCUGACUCGCACAGGAAGUAGCGAACAGAACACCUCCAGCGCCAUACCAGACUCUUCUUUGGAAGCACAGCCAGUGGAGAGAUACAGCCGUGUUCCCUCCCAAGGACAUGAAGAGUCUGCCCACGUCGUCCAAGAACGAGCGCUGGGACAAUCCUUGGUUGUGAGGAUGCUUGUCUGCAAAGGCUUCGACCCAACUGAAUUUACAAGCGAAAAGGUCUUUGAACAUGGGGGUUUUAGCUACCGUUACACUCGCGCAUCAAGCCUCUCGGAGCGUCGGGCCAUGGAUGAGUAUCUUGACUCUUAUAUACGACGACACCGCAAGUCUCCUACGCAUGGGCAUUAUGACGCACUGUGUCACCCUGCCGACCCUGAGCGAAGGACCGUUGUUCAUGGGAUCUGGAACAAUAAGUCCGGCGGUAAAGCAGAUGGGUCAGAAUGGUUCUACGACGGCGACGGCGACUGUCAACCACCCGCAGUCGAAUACAAUCACAAGCGUUCGGCGGUGAAGUCACGGGCGGAGGCAGAGACCGCGAGUGGAGAAGAGGGAGCGUCAGAUGUGGUAGAAGGGCGCCCCGGCACUCUCCCUGAACGCGAGCCACCGCGACUGGUGAACAAGAAUUUCAAAAAUGUCUUGAAGAUCAAGCUGAAAACCAGGCCCGACGCGAACAUUGGCAAAAGACGCCAGAUGCAAAACAACAAGCGGCGAUCACGAGCUGGGCCGUUGCCAGCAUCGCCUUUAUCUCGCUCCAUGACAGCAUCGACUACCAGACCCCCAAAACGCGCCAGAUCGGCUUCUGCGGGCAGACGAAGAUCGAAACGCCACGCUGGCAAGCAAGCCACGUCUACUGAGGUUGACGGUAACACCGACGAUGAAUAUGUGCCGUCAGACUGA